UCGAGGGGUAAGAGUAUCACCCCGUGACCGACGGAUGAUGACCAGGAGCGGUUGUUCCCGAGUCAUCCAGCAUCGGCUGUGCCACUUCCCCCAAUCAUGCGAUGGGGCCGGGAUUUCUCAUUGACGAUUACGCAGAGUCUUUGCUGAGCAAUCAAAUAAUUCCGGGAUCCCUGAUUUCUUUCGUUGGCGUGAUUACAAUUACUCUGUGUCUCCAUAAGACAUUCAAAGAGUGGGUGAAAAAUGUGAGAGAAUGGAGUAGUACUAUUACGCUGUGCAAUAGUAUAGUAGUAGUACGGUGUUGGAUCAGUCAGGUUCGGCCUGCAAGGGGGAAGCGUGGAUGAUGCGCGCCUUCAUUCUUCUUACGAGCAGAAUGUCAGGCGGUCUGAAAAGAACAGUAUAAAAAGGGCAGCAGUAUAUAUGCUAUGCUUAUGCUGCACAUACUCUUUGUUCUCUUAUUUUAUUAUAUCUUCUUCAA